CGGCCGAGGCCUACAUGCAAGACUCCCUGAGCCUGCUGUUGGGCAGCCUGAGGGAGCGGUUGGCCGCCGCCCCGUCCCUGGAAGGCGCCGAGGACCUGCUCCUGCGCCUCGAGGAGACCGACGACGACUUCCACAACUACGAGUUUGUGAAGUACCUCCGGCAAUACAUAUGCGACACCCUGGGAUCUCUGAUCGAAGAGGAAAUGGAAAAAUGCACGGCGGCUCCGGAUCAGGGCGAAGGAGUCGGCUAUGACACUCUCGUUCAGCAUGUGACCAAAAGAACCCAAGAAUCCAAGGAGUACAAAGAAAUGAUGCAUUCCCUGAAGAAUGCCAUGAUGGCAGUCGUGGAAUCCCUGAUCAACAAGUUUGAAGACGAUCAGCUGCACCAUAAAGAGAUGCCGAAGAAAAUUCAGAAGGAGAAAUGCCACUGCGCUGACAACUGCUCUGACAGUGACUCUUCAUUCAACCAGAGUUAUAAAUUCAAUCAAGGGAAGCUACAAUUAAUUGUAGAAAGGCUAGAACCCGGACAACCUAAGGAGGUGCGACACGAAGCAAUGCAGCUCUUAUGCUCGGCCCCUCCGUCCGACGUUCUCAGCUGCGAGAACUGGCCCGUCCUUCGGGAGAAACUGACGACAGCUCUUGCCGACCCGGAUUGGGCGUUCAGCGACCGAAUUUUGAGAUUCUACGCGCAGACGUUCACACUGUCGCCUCUUCAUAUGACGAAGGAAAUUUAUACCAGCUUAGCCAAACAUUUGGAGUUAUAUUUUCUCUCGGGGGAAAACCAUAUUCCUACCCUUCUGACUGGAGUAGACGUAACAAACCCGACUACGGUCCGUUUACUUAAAAAGGUUCGUCUUCUAAAUGAGUAUCAGAAGGAGGCUCCAUCUUUCUGGAUUCGGUAUCCAGAGAAGUACAUGGAGGAGAUGGUGGGGAGGACUUUGUCGCUCUUGUCGGUUCAACACGGUCAACGCCUGCUGGUCUCGCCGAAGACUCUGGAACCGAUAUACUUUGUGGCGCUGCUGGAUGUCAAAGCCGUGUGGUUCAAAAAGUGGAUGCACGCCCAUUACAGCAGAACUGUGGUUCUAAGACUCCUUGACAAGAAAUAUAAAUCUCUGAUUGCAUCUUCGGUUCAGCAGUGCAUCCGCUACUCCGACUCAUGGGAGGUCACGCCAUCCGAUGAAACCCUGAGACUUCGGCAGCAGUGUGGUGAUAAACAGAAGACUUUCUAUUCGGGACAAGAAUUACAGUAUAUUUAUUUUGUCCACUCACUAUGCCUUUUAGGAAGACUAUUGAUCUAUACCCAUGGCAGAAAGUUAUUUCCCAUAAAGUUGAAAAAUAGAAAAGAUUCAGUCACCCUCACAGACCUGUUGGUCCUGUUUACGCGACUCAUCUAUUGUUCUCCAAGUUGUCCGAAGACGAUACCGGCUGAGCACACAGGGGACUACUCUCCGGCUAGCCUGGUGACCGAAGUGCUCCUCAUACUUUGCGACCAGAAAGAAUGCGCAACUGAGUGUGUCUAUAAGAGCACGGUGGUUGAUGCUCUGCUCCAGCCUAUUAAGAAUUUGAUGGCAGGAACAAAGGCUGCUCCGAAUUGUUCUGAAACAGCACUAAUUUAUAUAGGUGAUAUUUUGGCAAGGAUUGCUUCAGUGGAAGAAGGCCUUGCCCUGCUUCUCUUUGGAGAAAAUGCAAGCUCUUCUAGAGAAGAAAGCCUCGCAGGCGCUCACGUGGUUGCCCAGUUUUCAAAGAAGCUGCUCGACGAAGAUAUUCCUGCUUUGUCCGGAUCUGAGCUGUUGCCUGUCGUUAAAGGGGCUUUCAUUUUUGUUUGCCGCCAAAUGUACAGCACUUGUGAAGGUCUACAGGUGUUGGUUCCUUAUGGCUUGCACGAGUCCAUCGCCAACGCAUGGAGAAAGACCAGUUUGCUUUCCGAGAGAAUUCCAACACCUGUUGAGGGAUCUGACUCUGUCUCCUCCGCCAGUCAGGAGUCCCCAAACCUCAUGGCAUGGGAAGAUAAUUUAUUAGAUGAUUUGUUAAGUUUUGCUGCUACUCCCAGAGGACUUUUACUUCUUCAGAAAACAGGUGCCAUUGAUGAAUGUGUGACAUUUAUGUUCAAUCGAUAUGCAAAGAAACAACAGGUCAGCAAACGGGAAGAGUUUGACUAUGGAGUGAUAGUGACCCAAGUGGCAACGACAGCUGCGGGUGCGGUAGCUCUGCAGAAUUCAGGAUUUAUCAGCGCUCUCGUGACGGAACUAUGGGCCGUGCUGGAGUGCGGAAGAGACGACGUCCGAGUCACACACCCCAGAUCUACCCCGGUGGAUCCCAUUGACCGAAGUUGCCAGAAGUCUUUCCUAGCCCUGGUGAACUUGUUGUCCUCUCCAGCUGUUUAUGAACUGAUUGGAAACCAGGAUAUUCCAAAUAAAGCAGAAUAUUCACUUCGGGAGGUUCCUACGUCCAUUAUCGACCUUAUCGACAGGCUUAUUGCUUUGAAUUCGGAUGCCAAGAUUCGCUCUCUAUUUAACUACGAACAAUCACAUAUCUUUGGUUUGAGGCUGUUAAGUGUGUUGUGCUGUGAUCUAGACACCCUUCUCCUCCUAGAGACUCAGUACCAGCUGUCCAAAAUGCUCCUGAAAGCCCAGGAGGAGAAUGUCACAGAGGCCCCCGAGGGUCACGGGAAUUUCAUAAUUGAUGGUCUCUCAGUAGAGAGAAACCAUGUUCUGGUUAGAAUAAAUCUCAUCGGUGGACCACUGGAACGGACAUUACCUCCGAGACUGCUCCAGAAGGGUCCCGAUCCAUAUCCCUGGCCAAUGUUUUCAUCGUACCCUGUGCCCAGCUGCUACCUGUCAGAAGCCGCUCGAAAGCCUGAUGGAAAACCAGAGAGCGAUAUUGGCAGGCUAACGUCCUCCUUCAAGAGCUGCGACAAACCCAGCGCCUGGAUCGACAGCUGCAGGAAGCAGUUCGGCAAAACCAUGAGAAUGAAACCCGGAGCCUUGAGCGGAGCCGCUUUGGCAGAAUUAAUGGAAAAAUUUGUGUCGCAUCUCUCGGAAACCCCAUCGGAGUGCUACUUCACCGCGGUAGAGUAUAAAGCGGCUGAUUUAAAUGUGAAGAAUGAAAGCCUUUCAUCUGUGCAGCAACUUGGCGUUAAAAUGACUGUCAGCUAUGGUAAAUUCCUCAAUCUUCUGAAGGAAGGUGCCGAGAAUGACCUUACAUUGGUAUUAAAGCACUGCGGGAAAUUCCUGAAACAGCAACAAGCAGAUGUAAAGUCUUCGCUCCGCUGUCUCCAGGGUGGUUACCCUGGCCAUGACUGGUUCGUGUCUUCUGUAUUUAUGAUCAUGUCAGGGGACAAAGAGAGGACCUUUAAAUUUCUCCAGUGCUUCUCCCGACUUCUAACCUCUGCUUUCCUCUGGUUGCCACGGCUGCACCUCUGGAGACACCUACCUACCGACGUAGCAGAGUCGGGCAUGCAUCCACUGUAUUUCUGCAGCGCUCACGGCAUUGAGAUGUUGCUUAAAGCUGAAGUGCCUCUCGUCUUUUCGGCUUUCCAGAUGUCCGGCUUCACGCCCUCUCAGAUUUGUCAGCAGUGGCUAACUCAGUGCUUCUGGAAUUACCUGGACUGGGAGGAGAUCUGCCACUAUAUUGCAACGUGCGUUUUCCUGGGUCCUGAUUACCAGGUCUAUCUGUGCAUAGCCAUUUUCAAGCAUCUGCAGCAAGAUAUUCUUCAACACACUCAGACUCAGGAUCUCCAGGUCUUUCUGAAGGCGCCAUGGAAGCAGGAAGCAAAAAAGAAAAUCAAGCAACUUUGUCCAAAAACAUUUGAAUAGAUGAAUUUAACCAGUCACCCUUCAAAGACUAUUUCGCUGAAGUGAUUCAGAAACGUUGUUUCAAGUUCUUUUCCUUUUAGUCUAUAGAGAUGGGCUUUUUCAUAGAAACUUGAAUCUCAUUUCUUCACAGAAACCAUAGAAUCAUUCCACCAUUAGACCCACCCUGACUGAUUUUACCACUUGUAGAAAUGAAUUGAGGACACGGUACUUUCUUGAAUCUGUAGCUGUUUGCUAGCUACUUACUUCUUCAUUAAGUAGGCCCCUCGUAAGCUGGAAAUUCAGCCUUAUUUAGGACACUUUAUAACCCUGCUUUCUCUGGCCUGUUUUUCAGAAAUGGAUGGAUUUUGAAUUAUCUGCCUGCAUGAUCUGUCAGUGUAGCACAAAUCUCAUAUCAUCACUGUUUCCUGGAACUUGAUAUUCCUAGACCAGAUUUAAGGGUAUGCCUGUAGGUUGGUCAGGAAGCUUCUGUAGGACAUUCAUUAUUUCAUUCCUUAAAUGGUAUACAUGUGAAAUGAGUCAUUUCUCAGCAACCCAAGUGCUAAAUACCGUAUUUGUGAAUUCUUCAGGCUUCUCCCUACUCUGCUAUCCUUUGGCCUGUCUUCUGCUGCUCCCUUCUGCUUCCUAGCAUCUUCAGCAAAGCUGAAAAGAGACAAGAGAAAGAAAGUAAAACUCAAAACCAGUCAAUUUUGCUACUUGAUAGCAUUUUACAAAGGUUAGAUGGGGGCACGGAAGCUAAAUUUAAAUGAAAGAUUGAAGGUGAGAAGUUUGGAUUGCCCUUGUGUUUUUAUACUGGGCUUUCCCUCAUCCACGUUAGCACGUAGACAUUUGCUCUGUAAAGUGAAUGAGGACAAGCAGGGCAUAAAAACACGCAGAUAAACCAAACGCUACCACAUUCUUCCUUCU